UGUAAAAUAAGCGACUCGUUAUGUACCAAUUUUUGCAUCCUCGUAAUCGCCCUUUACAAAGCCUCAUUCUUGGCUUGAUAGUUCUAACUUUUUAUGCUUACUAUCGUACCACCUUCUAUGACAUUCACCAGUUUGGUUCAGCUAGAAAUUUCAGUCACAACAUUUAUCAGGAUGCACUUAGAAAUCAAUCAAACCAUAGCAUAGAUAUCCAAUCGGUGCCCAAAAAUAUGACGUAUGAACCUUUAACUUUGAAUUCUUAUUCUCAACAUAAUGCAAGCAAUCCUGCAACAAUUAUCACUACACUUUCUACGUCAUCUAGUUCUCAAGUUUUGUCUUCCGUAAGCACCUCGCUUAAUCUGAAACAAAGCAGUGAAGUACCUUUAUUGGAAACAGAAAUAGUUGUCAAUACACGAAAGAGCAUUUCUGUAGUUUCUAAUGAUUAUGCACGUGCCAUAUAUGAAGCUGGACAUACCGUACCUAUACCAGAAAGAUGUCCAGAUUUUGGCAAAGAAAUGGACUUGGUUAUUAUUAUAAUGUCAGCACCUACGCAUGUGGAAGCAAGAACUGCAAUCAGACAAACCUGGGGACAUUUUGGACAAAGAAGAGACAUCAGUAUACUCUUUAUGUUAGGUGCUACUUUAGAUUCUAAAGUUGAAAAAGUACUUGAAAAAGAAGAAAGGAUAUAUGGUGAUAUAAUACGUGGAAAGUUUUUAGAUUCUUAUUCAAAUCUAACUCUUAAAACAAUCUCAAUUUUGGAAUGGGUAGACAGUUAUUGUUCCAAGGUGAAAUUUGUUCUGAAAACAGAUGACGAUAUGUUUAUCAAUGUUCCACGUUUGUUAGCAUUUAUAAAUAAGCAUGCAAAAGACAGAAGUGUUAUAUUUGGCAGAUUAGCCAGAAAAUGGAAACCGAUUAGAAAUAAGAAGAGCAAAUAUUAUGUAUCACAAACACAAUUCAAGCAGUCCGUAUUUCCAGACUUUACUACUGGUCCAGCUUAUCUAUUAUCUAGUGACAUAGUGAGAAAAUUAUAUGACGCAGCCUUGGACCAAACAUACCUUAAACUCGAAGAUGUUUUCAUGACUGGAAUCGUUGCGCAUAAACUAGGAAUUAAGCGAGUGCAAGCUAAUGAGUUCCUCAACAAACGAAUAGCAUACAGUCUCUGUAACAUACAACGGGGAAUAAGUAUACAUAUGGUGAAAUACAGCGAACAAUUCGAUCUCUGGAAGAAGUUGCUCGAUGGUAAGAGUAAAUGUAAGUGAUAAGAAUAGAUAGAAAUUGUAUACAUAAUAUUAGGAGAAUCGAGUGACAAGAGACAGGGUCCUUUGUCACUAAAAUUUGACUUGAUUCUCUCAUUCUAUUUUACAUUUAAUAAUUACCACUUUUUGGUGGUCUGCGAUAUAUGUAUAUUUUAUUCUACUUUUACGGCCUCAAUGAAUAAAUACUCUACAUAAUGUAGCCCAUAAGUAAUUUAAAUUAUUCUAAGUAUAUCAAAUAAUAAGAUUUUAUAUUUUAAGAAUUGGAGUCUAUGUUUUGACACAUAGUUAGUAUUUAUUGCGAGAUAAUAUGCCAGCAGGAUGAUAUAGUUUUUUAUUGUCAUAUAAUUGGUCUUCUUCUUUUUCCCAUUGAUAUAUAUUAUUAUUAAUAAGCUUAAAGCUUUUUAAUUUUCUAUGACGCAACAAAAAGGAAGAAGUGAAUUUCACGUUUAAACGCAUUUUAUAUCGCACAACUCUUACUAUAUAUGUUUUAAUAUUAAAAAAA